GUCCCCCGACUGGCGGACCCCGCGAGCGGCUAUCGAGGUAGUCGAGAGCUCGGAGUCUGCAGGCCGCGGCCAGGCUGAGCCCCCGCCGUGGCGCCGCUGCCUAGGCGCUCCCUUCCAGCAUGCUGUGGCGGGGCAGCCAGGCGCUCCGGCGCUUCUCCACCGGCCAGGCUUAUUUCAAAAACAAGCUGAAGUUGGCACUUAUUGGUCAGAGCCUCUUUGGGCAGGAAGUCUACAGUCACCUCCGCAAAGCGGGCCACCGAGUUGUGGGCGUGUUCACAGUUCCUGACAAGGAUGGCAAAACUGACCCGCUGGCUUUAGCUGCAGAGAAAGAUGGGACCCCCGUGUUCAAGUUCCCAAGAUGGAGAGUCAAGGGCAAGACCAUAAAGGAGGUGGCAGAGGCCUACAAAUCUGUGGGUGCCGAGCUAAACGUGCUCCCCUUCUGCACACAGUUCAUCCCCAUGGAUGUAAUUGACAGCCCCAAGUAUGGCUCCAUUGUCUAUCACCCCUCCAUCCUUCCCAGGCACAGGGGAGCCUCUGCUAUCAACUGGACUUUAAUUAUGGGAGAUAAGAAAGCUGGGUUUUCUGUUUUCUGGGCUGAUGAUGGUUUAGACACGGGACCCAUCCUUCUUCAGAGGUCAUGUGAUGUUGAACCCAAUGAUACAGUGGAUACACUUUAUAAUCGGUUUCUCUUUCCUGAAGGAAUCAAAGGCAUGGUGGAAGCUGUUCAACUCAUAGCUGAUGGAAAAGCUCCUCGAAUUCCCCAGCCAGAAGAAGGAGCAACAUAUGAGGGGAUCCAGAAAAAGGAAAACGCUGAGAUUUCUUGGGAUCAGUCUGCUGAAGUUUUGCAUAACUGGAUCCGAGGUCAUGAUAAAGUCCCUGGAGCUUGGACAGAGAUAAAUGGACAGAUGGUCACACUGUAUGCCUCCUCGCUGCUGAAAAGCUCCGUGCCUCCCGGAAAACCACUGGAGAUUAAAGGUGCCACGAAGCCUGGUCUUGUUACCAAAAACGGACUUGUUCUUUUUGGUAAUGAUGGAAAAGCACUGGUGGUGAGGAAUUUGCAGUUUGAAGAUGGAAGAAUGAUUCCUGCCUCUCAGUACUUUUCAGCUGGUGAGACAUCAGUGGUAGAACUUACAGCCGAAGAGGUGAAGGUGGCAGGGACCAUCAAGGUCAUCUGGGCUGGAAUUUUAAGCAACGUUCCUGUUAUUGAAGACUCGACAGACUUCUUUAAAUCUGGAGCAAGCUCAAUGGAUGUUCUCAGGCUGGUUGAAGAGAUCAGACAGAAGUGCGGUGGGCUUCAGCUACAGAAUGAAGAUGUCUAUAUGGCCACCAAGUUUGAAGACUUCGUUCAGAAAGUUGUGAGGAAACUGAGAGGAGAAGAAUCGGAAGCAGAGCUAGUGGUGGACUACGUUUCAAAGGAGGUCAAUGAAAUGACAGUGAAAAUGCCACAUCAGUGUUUCAUAAAUGGACAGUUCACAGAUGCUGAUGAUGGAAAGACCUAUGAUACUAUCAACCCAACAGAUGGAUCUACAAUAUGCAAAGUAUCCUAUGCUUCUUUGGUGGAUGUUGAUAAAGCAGUAGCGGCAGCAAAAGAUGCCUUUGAAAACGGUGAAUGGGGGAGAAUGAAUGCGAGAGAAAGAGGAAGAUUGAUGUACAGACUUGCAGACCUACUGGAGGAGAACCAGGAGGAGCUGGCCACCAUUGAAACCCUUGACUCGGGGGCUGUGUAUACCCUGGCUCUGAAGACUCACAUUGGAAUGUCUGUGCAAACAUUCAGAUAUUUCGCUGGCUGGUGUGACAAAAUUCAGGGUUCUACCAUUCCGAUCAACCAGGCCCGCCCAAAUCGCAACCUGACCUUCACCAAGAAGGAGCCUCUUGGGGUCUGCGCCAUUAUCGUCCCCUGGAAUUACCCGCUGAUGAUGCUGGCGUGGAAGAGCGCCGCGUGCCUGGCGGUGGGCAACACCUUAGUGCUCAAGCCGGCGCAGGUCACGCCCUUGACUGCUUUGAAGUUUGCUGAGCUCUCCGUUAGAGCAGGCUUUCCGAAGGGGGUAAUCAACAUCAUUCCAGGCUCUGGUGGCAUAGCCGGGCAACGCCUUUCUGAACAUCCUGAUGUCCGGAAACUUGGUUUCACUGGGUCCACUGCUAUUGGCAAACAGAUCAUGAAAAGGUAUUGGUUCUAGUGUGUCGAUUUGCUCCAGAUCCUAGUAAACCAGGGUUUCUCUGAAGUCCUGUUAAUAUUUUCUCUUCUGUUGCUGAAGGGCAUGGGGGCAGUGUUUUUCAACAAGGGAGAGAACUGUAUUGCGGCUGGGCGGCUGUUCGUGGAAGACGCCAUCCACGACGAAUUCGUGACAAGAGUGGUGGAAGAAAUUAAAAAGAUGAAAAUUGGUGAUCCACUUGACAGAUCUACUGAUCACGGGCCCCAGAAUCAUAAGGCCCAUCUGGAAAAGCUUCUGCAAUACUGUGAAGCUGGAGUGAAAGAGGGGGCCACCUUGGUGUACGGGGGAAGACAAGUCCAAAGGCCAGGCUUUUUUAUGGAACCGACUGUGUUCACAGAUGUGGAAGACCACAUGUAUCUUGCCAAAGAGGAAUCCUUUGGGCCUAUUAUGAUCAUUUCUAAGUUCCGAAAUGGGGACGUCGAUGGAGUGUUGCAGCGAGCAAAUGACACGGAGUACGGUUUGGCCUCGGGGGUUUUUACAAGAGACCUCAAUAAGGCCAUGUACGUGAGCGAGAAACUAGAAGCGGGAACGGUUUUUGUUAACACCUACAACAAGACGGACGUGGCCGCCCCUUUCGGUGGGGUGAAACAAUCCGGCUUCGGGAAAGACUUAGGUGAGGAAGCUCUAAACGAAUACCUCAAAACCAAGACGGUGACACUGGAAUACUAGAGAGCACUGUCGUCGGGAGCCCUCUGCACAGCCCCCCUCCGCUCCCGACACACGUUGGAAGCCCGGCCGUGCUGGGGGAAGAGGUAUCGACCGCGAGUGCAAAACUGCGCACAUGGACCAUCAAGAGGGUCAGGCCCCAUGUCUAAGCAUUUAACCUGUGCCUGAGAGUUUUCUACUACACCUUUUAUACUUUCAAACGGUUUGUAGUUGUUGGGAUUUGACUAUAUUGUACAUCACACGUAUUUCUAAACCGCCAAGCUGCUUUCUCUCCCCAAGACUAAUCUAGCCGUUGUUCAUCUUGAAAAAUGUCAGUAUCAGCCUGUUGUAAUACACGAGGUGCAUUGUGGGGGAAUCUUUGCAUAAUGUGUGCAGAUUUUAACUUCCGAAACUAUACCUGUGGGGCUAUUAAAAAGAUUUCCUAUAA